AACUACACCGGAAGUUGCAAUCAGCUGACUCUCACAUGAUCUGUAAGAGCUCGGUAAAAUCAUCUGAAUUAUUUUCUCCGUUUCUCGGUUAAAACUUGAUCUUUGAACAAUGGCUGGUCGCGGGAAACUGAUCGCCGUUAUUGGUGACGAGGACACGUGCACCGGCUUCCUGCUCGGGGGGGUCGGUGAACUCAACAAGAACCGAAAACCGAAUUUCUUGGUGGUGGAGAAGGACACGAGCAUCACGGAGAUCGAGGAGACCUUCAAGAGUUUCUUGGCGCGUAACGACAUCGGCAUCAUCCUGAUUAACCAGUUCAUCGCCGAGAUGAUUCGUCACGCAAUCGACGCUCACAUGCAGUCGAUCCCCGCCGUCCUGGAGAUCCCGUCCAAAGAGCAUCCGUACGACGCGUCCAAGGACUCCAUCCUGCGCCGGGCCAAGGGCAUGUUUUCCGCCGAAGACUUCCGAUAAACAACGAGCGUUCCCACACUGUGUUGAAGAAAAAAGUCCCUGACAUGUUGUUUUCCUGCUCAGUCAUGGUGGAUCAUUAUUAUAUAUCGAUUUCUUCUUCUUCAUUCCUCCUCACGUUGUUUCUGUUUUUAUUUCAGUUUCCAGGAAGUAGAAGAUUUUUCUGUUUCUGCCUUUUAUGGACAAAAAUAUAAAGUUUUCCUUCCUCUGCUGGAAAUGUGUCAUGAUGGAUAUUAAUCCAAAGUGUAAACAGUGAUGUGUGUUUUUGUGUUUAUUCAGAUGUAUUAACUUAUUAAAUAUAUAUAUAUACACACACACACAUAC